UUCAUAUAUACAUAUAUUUAUAUAUAUUUGUCUUAACCUAUUAGUUUAUUAAUAAUCCCCAUACUUUUUAUCAUUACUUUAUUUUUAAUAAAUAUUUUGAAUGUCAAACAUUUAAAAGAAAAUAAACAUUCUUAUUUUUGACAGCUGUCAAAAUUUUCAAAAUAAGAUACAAAAAAAAAAAAAAUAAAAAUGAGUUAUCAACGUGGAGGUAAUAAACCAAAAGGUUUUGGUUUCACGGGUUUUCAAAUGGGAACAAAACGCACAGGAGUAAAUAUUCCGCCACCAGCAUCAAUAAACACAUCAUCAACUUUAAGUAAACAAGGCUACCAUACAAUGAACUCGAUAACCGAAAACGCGCUGUCAGCAUGCUGGGGUAUGCCCAAAAAAAGAACCAAAACAGAGGACGAGUACUUCGAAGAUGACGACGAAACACCAGCGUCAACCCUAGAGUAUAUUCCAGCCCCAGGAUCACCGACCUACGAGUUAAUGAACAAGAAAAAAGAUGACAGUGACAGUGAGGAAGAUCCACUGGAUGCUUUCAUGGCGGGAAUCGAUGCCGAGGUCAGCAGGAAUAAUAAAGCCGCUGCUUUGGCAGCCACCGCCGCCGAGGAUGCUGAUAAACGUGACGAAAAGUCCAGUAAAGGAGUGAGACAGGACAUCGAUGAAGAGGACGACGAGGAGAGCUACUACAGGUACAUGGAAGAAAAUCCCACCGCUGGGUUACAGCAGGAGGAGUCCGACACUGAGAUCGAGUAUGACGAAGACGGGAAUCCAAUCGCGCCUCCAAAGAAAAAAGAUAUCGAUCCUCUGCCGCCUAUCGAUCAUUCGGAGAUCGAGUAUGAGCCUUUUGAAAAAAAUUUUUAUAAUGUACACGAGGACAUCGCGAGUUUGACCAAGAGCCAGGUCGAGGAGCUGAGAAAAACUCUGGGGAUCAGAGUCUCUGGUGCCGCUGCUCCUAAACCAGUCGCUAGUUUUGGACACUUUGGGUUCGAUGACGCUCUUAUGAAGGCGAUCAGGAAAAAUGAGUACACGCAGCCUACUCCUAUUCAGGCCCAGGCCAUUCCGACUGCGCUGAGCGGAAGAGACUUGAUUGGUAUCGCGAAAACUGGCAGCGGUAAAACCGCGGCCUUUAUCUGGCCGAUGUUGGUCCACAUUAUGGACCAGAGGGAACUCAAAGAAGGCGAUGGGCCUAUUGGGUUAAUUCUGGCACCCACUCGUGAAUUGUCUCAGCAGAUCUUCCAUGAAGCUAAAAAAUUUGGCAAGGUUUAUAAUAUCCAAGUUUGCUGCUGCUAUGGAGGCGGAAGCAAGUGGGAACAGAGUCAGGCCCUGGCUGGUGGAGCGGAAAUAGUCGUGGCUACGCCGGGAAGAAUGAUCGAUUUGGUUAAAAUGAAGGCUACUAAUCUUAGUCGCGUUACUUUUUUGGUACUUGAUGAGGCUGACAGGAUGUUUGAUAUGGGGUUUGAACCACAAGUGAGAUCUAUUUGCAAUCACGUCCGUCCGGACAGACAGACGUUGAUGUUCAGCGCCACCUUUAAAAAAAGAGUCGAAAAAUUAGCCCGGGAUGUCUUGACAGAUCCCGUAAGAAUCGUCCACGGAGACGUCGGGGAAGCGAACACCGACGUGACCCAACACGUCGUCGUCUUCAACAACAACCCGACCGGCAAGUGGAGCUGGUUGUUGCAUAACAUCGUCGAGUACCUCAGCGCCGGGAGUCUGCUGAUCUUCGUCACCAAGAAGCUGAACGCCGAGGAGCUCUCGAACAAUUUAAAACUAAAAGAGUACGAAGUGAUGCUUCUGCACGGAGACAUGGACCAGAUUGAGAGGAACAAAGUUAUCACAGCCUUCAAAAAGAAGGAAGUCAGCAUCCUCGUGGCGACUGACGUCGCGGCCCGUGGUCUAGAUAUCCCGCACAUCAGAACCGUCAUCAAUUACGACGUCGCCCGAGAUAUUGACACCCACACUCACAGGAUUGGUAGAACCGGACGUGCUGGAGAAAAAGGCACUGCCUAUACUCUCGUCUCGGAGAAGGAUAAAGAGUUCGCUGGUCAUUUGGUGAGAAAUCUCGAAGGCGCUGACCAGGAAGUACCCAAAUGUCUGAUGGAUCUCGCGAUGCAGAGCUCGUGGUUCCGCAAGUCGAGAUUCAAAAGCGGCAAGGGGAAGAGUUUGAAUGUCGGUGGCGCUGGACUUGGGUUCAGAGGCAGACCGACUUCCGCUAAUCAGGGUGAAGGGUCCAGCUCAUCAUCACCGAAAGACAUUAGUGAAGUUGUCAAAAAAUUAGAACGUCAUGGCCCUUGCAGUGAUCGUUUGUCUGCCAUGAAAGCGGCAUUCAAAAGUCAAUAUAAUACACAGUUUCGGGCAUCUUCGGACCACACAUGGGAACAAACGAUCCAGCCGCCCUCUGUAGUGAUGCCGCCGCCACCCCCGCCACCUGGUGCACCUGCGUCAGAGGAAUCCAAAAAUCAAACCGCUGACAAGAGCGAUCGCAAGCGUGUGAGAAAGAGCCGGUGGGAGUAAUAAGUAAUUGGUAUAUAAAUAAAUUAAUUAUAAAUUAUACAUAUGAUUUUUUUUUUUUUUUAUUAUAAUGGA